GCCGUGCGCGGGCCGGUGGCGGUGCCGGGACCAGGAUCGGGAUCGGGGCCGGGAUCAGGGCCGGGAUCGGGGCCGGGGAUGCGGCUGCAGUGCGAGGUGGAGGUGCUGAGCCAGCUGCUGCCCAGCUGCGGACUGCAGGGCCGCGGCCGCGCGGCGCGGGCGCUGGUGUCGCUGGGGCGGCCGCCGGGCGGUGGCGGUGCCGGUGGCGGUGCCGGUGGCGGUGUUUACCUGAUGGUGUGCACGGCGCGGGACCGCUCCGGGGCCCGCUACAAGGUGCAGCAGAACGUGGAGCGGCUCUUCACGAGGUUCGUGGAGCAGGGAAAGGCCACGGUGCGGCUGCGGGAGCCCGCGGUGGAUCUGCGCCUCAGCAAGGCAAAUGCCAGCGAUUUGAAGACUUUCCUGGCAGCCCUGAGACUGGCUCACCAAGGCAGCGACGCCGGAGCUCUGCCUCUCUCCACCCUGGUCCCGGCAAAGAACUCGGAAGUGGAGAAACCCAAGACGAAAAUGAUCAUAACUUCCAGGAGGGACUAUCCCCUCACCAAGGGCUUCCCUCACUCCCUGGAGCACCUGCAGACCUCCUACUGCAAGCUGGCCCGGGUGGACACGCGCGUGCUGUGCCUGAGGAAGCUGCGGAAGCUGGACCUGAGCCACAACCACAUCAAGCAGCUGCCGGCGACCCUGGGGGACCUGGCGUGCCUGCAGGAGCUGGACCUGCACGACAACCACCUGGAGUCCUUCGGCGGGGCCCUGUGCCGCUCCGGCCUGCAGAGAUCCCUGCAGAGCCUGGACCUGAGCCAGAACCGGCUGCGGGCGCUGCCGCUGGAGCUGUGCGAGCUGCGGGGGCUGCUCAGCCUCAAGCUGGACGACAACGAGCUGGAGCGGCUGCCCUGCAGGGUGGGGCAGCUCGGCCGCCUGCGCUUCCUGUCGGCCGCGCGCAACCGCCUGCCCUUCCUGCCCUGCGACUUCAGGAGGCUCUGCCUGGACAGCCUGGACCUCUUCGGGAACCCUUUCGAGCAGCCCAACCCGCUGGCGCCCAACAUCCAGCUGAAAAUCCCGCUGACUUUGUUGGAGUGUGCCGCCAGAGCCACCGUCAAUCACAGAAUCCCUUACAGCUGCCACCUCCUUCCUUCCCACCUGUGUGAGGAUCUGGCAGUGGCCAAAACCUGCCAGUGUGGAAGUGCCUGCCUGAGCAGCUUCAUCCAGAUCACGGUGACCAUGAACCUGCACCACGUGGCUCACACCGUGGUGCUCGUGGACAACAUGGGAGGGACGGACGCUCCCGUCCUCUGCUACUUCUGCUCCCUGCACUGCUAUUCCCAGUUCCUGGACAGGCACCUCCAGAGCAACAGGUGACCGCUGGUGGGUGCCAGAGCCGUGCCCAGCAGAGAUCAGACCUCCCUCUGGCAGAGAGGGGACCCUGUGCCUGCCUCUCC